CGAUGUUCUAAUUGGUUGUAGAGCGGAAGUUUUACCUUCUGUAUCUGCGAUAAACAGCUUCGAUACUAUCUUGAUCCGUUUCAGACUGAAAUUUGCCAUUUGGAAGCGUUUAAAGGCCACAUAUCACACUCUGCUCGAAAUGACUAGAUAUACGUCAGCCUGCGUUCACACUUAGCUGAAUCUUUCCUUACGUUGCUUAACUAUGGCAAAGAUUGCCCCGCUGUAAAUUACAUUAUUUAGCGCGAUAUCUGACUAUACCUGAGACGACACACGACACGUGUCUCCGAAAAAUUAUGCCCGCGUAGCCUACAUGUAUCGAAUGUCAGUAGCUAACUCUCUAAUUAUAUGUCGAUCAUAUUGGGUGGUGUAAAUAGCUGCCUCCUGACAUUCUGAAGGUAAUAUUACUACCUAUUUCAGUAUUGUUUAUGAGAUUGAACUGAAACAACUUCGAAGCAAUAUGUCAAUCGGCAAAAUGAAAACCGUGCACAAUAUUCCAAUACGAGCGCUGCGUAUAAAUUUAGAUUCGAAGUUGCGUUUGUUACAAAAAAUCCACAUGUUCAGAUUCGAGUCACUCAAUCAACAAUCUAAAGUUUACCACGUCUGCGCACAUCGUAGGGUGAAAGACGAUUUCCACUGUUCAUUGACCGAAUGUGGUUUGUUUGCAGGAUGCCGAGGCAAAACCAAGCCGCGGCUACAGCACACAAGCUUCGCCUGUGUGCCCCCGGCACCUUUGUCGGCCCCAAGUUGUGCUUAGUCUGAGCGAGCUUCUACGUGAUGUUCUUCACAAAAAUAUCGUAAUUAAGUGUCAUUAGUGAUGCCUAUCCCAGAGAUUACUUCCUAACAAUCUCUCAAAUGAAAUACCUGAUUACACAG